GUUUCUUAACAAUGUUGUGCAGUUCGCGAUUUUCGGGGUGGUUUCCCUCGUUGCAUCUUGCGAAUUUUGUAAUCCAGAAGUUAAUAAAAGUGGAGAGAUAAUAAAAGUGAUUUGCACUAGUGUGGAUUCCAUGUUUACCAUAUCAAAAGAGUUGCAACCAACAUGGACCAAGUUGAUCAUUGUCAACAGACCAGGGUCAACUUUUACAAACGCAGAGCACGAAUCAUCAAAUUUACGAUUCAUCCAGUAUCUGAAUCUAUCACGAGCUGGGAAUCUUAUAAUGUCUGAUCACGGAUUCAGGGACUAUCUAUCACUCACGACACUUGACAUGAGUAACGCGGGAGUCAGAGAGUUGAAGGGCAACUGGUUCACCAAAGACAACCUCAUAGAACGAAUUGUAAUGUCUAGAAAUUCGUUACAGGCAAUCAGAAAGGAUAAUGUGAAGAUCCUCUCCAAUGUUAUCAGCAUAGAUUUUUGUUACAAUGAGAUCAGUUUCAUAGAAAAGAAUGCCUUCAUUGAUUUGCUGAAGUUAGAAGAACUGAACCUGAACAACAAUCAACUUACUGAACUAAACUUAGGAGAGAUCCCGAACCUCAAGUCCUUAUCGGUCAUGGAUAAUUCUUUAGAGAAGCUGACUACCGGAGCCUUUAGUCGUAUGCCAAACUUGCAAGUCCUAAAUGUUGCACAGAACUUCAUCAAAACAAUCGAUCCUCGCCCGUUUGAAGAACUGACCAAUCUCAAAAUACUCAAUAUCUCAGGAAAUAGCAUCAAAACUAUUUUCCCAGAAAUGUUUACUGGACUUGCUAAAGCUAGACUGUUGGAAGUGGAUUUGAGUAAGAACGAUAUCAACAAAAUUGAUCCAAACGGAUUUUCAGAAUUGAAAAAUUUACGAUCACUAAAUCUAUCCCAAAAUUCUCUAUCAACGCUGUCUCCUAACAUGUUUGAUGGUAUGCGAUCCCUACGUAAACUUUUCCUCAAUACGAACGACAUCACUAGAAUUGAAGCCAAGACAUUUGGAAUUAUGCCAAUUCUGGAGAUUCUUGAAAUGUCCGAAAAUCAGAUAGUAAAUUUAAAUGAAGAUAUGCUCAGAGAUGGUCUUCCUCGACUUCGAAAACUCAUGUUAAUACGAAAUGACAUCCAAAGCCUUCAACCGUCGUCUUUUGAACUUACACCAAAUCUUGAUUACUUGAGUUUGGCUAAAAAUGAGAUUGAAUCAUUGCCUCGGGAUAUCUUUAAGCCUCUGAAAUUACUGAAGAAACUCCAUUUAUCUCAUAAUCGUAUUGAUGAAUUGCUCCCAGAACACCUCAAUCCACUCACAAAGCUCAAUUCUCUACUCAUAAACAACAAUAGAAUUUCAUUUAUUCCGGACCUGGAUAAUGAAUUCACUAUGCUAGAAUAUGUGGCUAUUGAAGGGAAUCCCUGGCAGUGUACAUGCUUCAACGAAUUAGUGAUGUGGUUGGCAGACCGUAAAGUGGACUACCGCAAAAGGAAUCUUUUAAACGGACAAAUGCCAGUUUGUGUAGUAACUGGAGUAGAGUUCUGUGUUAAAAAUAUUACUGCAGUUCGCAUCCAUAGAAUUGUCGAUAUAUAUGAAAAUGGACUGGGAUACGUGAGCUUUAAUUGCAAUUGUGUUGAGAAUCUGCAUGGGAUGCAGAGUGACUCAGGCGGUGCUUCAAAGAAGGGAAGGGAGACAACGAUGGAAUGGUCAAAUGGGUGGAAACCAGUUCUAAGGUGUCGCCUUGGAAGUGCACUUUUCCCAUCGGAGUUCAACCUCAGACUCUUCAAGAUGAAGUGGAUCGUGGCAUUCUUCAUCACCUGGAUGCUCUGUGGCAUCGUCCGGGGAGAGACAAAGUGCCAUCCAGUCUUUGUUGGCGGCAUCAUGAAGUUCAUUGAAUGCCAGAAUGUGAUAUCUAUUGAUGAGGUCUUGUCUGAACUUCAACCCGAGUGGGUGAGUCUGAGUGUCGUUAACAAACCCACUGAGAUCUUCUCAAUGGUUGGGGAAGUGUUGUCCAAGAACACCUUAAUCAACAUUGAGGAUAUUGAUCUGUCCAACUGUGGAACGCUCGACAUUAGAGAGCCCUACUUCCGCGAAUACCUCAAUCUAAAUCGCUUGAACAUCUCAUCAACAAAAAUAACUCACCUAGGACCCUACUGGUUUGGUAGACUGAACUUCCUUGAACUCCUUGAUGCAAAUAGCAACAAAAUUUCCGAAAUAAACCGUAGCUACUUCAUGAACACCACCAAACUUCAGAGAUUGUGGUUGCAGAACAAUGAAAUUAAAACCAUUGAGAUGGAUUCCUUUAAGGAUCUACGACGCCUUGAGUUCCUCGACUUAAGCUUCAACCGCAUGACUCGAUGUGAAUUAGGAGCUAUUCCAUCGUUAAGAAUUCUCCUGGCGCGGAAAAACCUGAUCACAACCCUGACGCCUAAUGCUUUCCUAAAGAUCCCAGAACUUGAGUACAUUGAUCUUUCUGCUAACAUUAUAACCAGUCUCAGAGAAAAGACAUUCACCGGUCUAGCCAAUUUGAGGGAGAUCAAUUUGUCAGAGAAUGCCAUCAAUGAACUUCUCUCAUUGACUUUCUACGGCUUGGCCAACGCCCGUAUAUCCAAAAUUGAUAUCAGUCGGAACCACAUUCAUACGAUCAAUAGGGAUGCUUUUGAAGGACUAGGACUCCUUCAAAAACUAGACAUGUCCCAGAAUACCUUAACUGAAAUCGAUGACUUCACCUUCAUCGGUCUUUCAGCACUUAAAGAGCUCAAUCUAUCUGGAAACCGUAUUAAUGAAAUCCGUAGUGAUGCCUUUUCUACAUUAAUCUCCUUGGAAACCCUAGACCUUACCCACAACUCCCUGGAAACUCUUAAGGAAGACAUAUUCGGUAAAAGUGGAGCAAAUCUCAAGAGACUCUAUCUGAAGAAUAAUCAAUUGGUUCAGAUCGAAGGGAACGCAUUUAGAACUCUUGUAAGCUUGGAAAUCCUUCAAUUAGACUUCAAUAGGUUACAAUUCUUUGAGGAGCACCUGUUCAAGACCAUGAGACGCCUCAGGGUGAUGCAAAUCAAUAACAAUGGAAUAGAAUACUUAACUGGAAAGCACUUUGAUAAUCUUCUGGAUUUAAGUGAGCUGUAUAUGCACAGCAAUAGGAUUUCCUACUUUCCCAAUACAACAAACACCUUCCCGAGGCUCUCCAAGAUCACAGCUGAAGACAAUCCUUGGCAAUGCGUUUGCCUUAAUCGCUUCCUGAACUGGGCCUCAAUGCGAGGCAUUUACUACGUAAAGGAGAAGUACAACGGAAAACGACCAGUUUGCGUUGCUGUAAUUCCAGGAUGUGUUCAUGAUAUUGCACUGGUUAGGGAGAAACAGGUCGUGAAGAUCUACGAAGAAGCUCUCUUUCAGUAUCUCAGGACAACGUAUACAGGAGGAGAAUAGAACUUAAUUUUAUCUGAGACUAUUAAACCUAAUUGCUUAUUUAUGAUGGAUAUUCUUUUCUUUCAAUUCUAAUACUUAUAUUUAAUAAAAUUAUAAUAAAAAGACUUAGGAGAAUAUCAAUUAAAUAAACUUUUAGUGAGAUACCUGUU